AACUAUGUUCGGAGAUCACUCGGCUUCUUUCACGAAAACUAACCAAAAAGCCCGAGUUUGCACAUGCGUGUUAGCGACCUUACGUGGCAUCGCUUGGUUCACUGUUUGUGUAUGAAGGAACGAAAUGAGGUCAAAACACGUAUUUGCCUUGUAGUUAGCUAACGUUACAUUCUGAUACGCUUUUAAAAUUGUUUUAUGUCGUUUAAAAUUAUAUUUAUUCACACCAACCGGUAGAAAGAAGUAUCAUGAAUCGCAAACUAUCACAAAGAUUUUUAUGGAGUAGUCUGACAGUCUGUGGUUUGUUUAUAACAAUUUGUACAGAGACGGCCUUCGGUAAGUAUGCGUUUGUUGACAUGCAUGUUUAUGGUUAUAGCAUCCUGAAAACUUCAAGGGCUACACUUUAUGGUACUUAUUUAUCGCAAGUAACUCAGAGUUUGAUUGUUUCCUUAGGCGAGGAUUCACCAAAGGUUGAAAAUUCUCCAAGUGAAAGUGUCCCCACUGCUCCACAAGAGGUAAUAAUCCUUCAGCCUUAUCUGAUCACACACGAUUUACUUCCAAACAUUUGCUUGUUUUUCGUUGCAUAAAACAAAGACUUAGUUAUUAUACAUGCAGGUAAUGGCCUAGUCCCUUCCAAACAUACCCUCCCCCCCCCUGCCACCAGGCAUUUGUCAUUUUUCCAGGAGAAAGGUGCAAAUCCCCUUCCCCCCCCACCUCCCAGCAGGAUAAGAUAAAUUCUGUUGGCAGACUUUUUGAGUGGAAUAACUGAUCUUUGAGGGAAGCAUUUUAUUUGCGGAAUAAGGCAUCUCUGGACCCAAUUUUAAUUUUGGAUAGGCCCCUUUGCAGCUCGCAGUCUCAAUUGCACUGCCUAAUGCAAAACGUAGGGAUAAGAACUUAACUAAUACCAAUAACUGCUUUGCAAAAAAUUUGUCAACAGAAAGCCAUUUCUAGUGCAAACAAUUUUUUCACCUACCAAAAUUUUCUCAAGUUUCUUCAAACUCCAAUGAUGCUGUCAAGAAAGUUUGGAGGCCUAGAAUCUUUUGUCAGGUGACAAAAUCCUUUCUUCCUUGACAGCCAUCCUUUGUUGGGUUUGACGUUUUUGGUUACACGAAAGCUUUUAGGUGCCUCAGUUGCAAACAAGGUUACAAAAACGAAAAAUUGGUAGCUAAAAUGUUUUCAAAAGUAGGUUGAGUUUGAUCAUCCGGGUGAAUGUAGUCCUGAAUAGGACUGUUGUUGUUGACAGUGACUGAUGUUUCAACAACCUGUGUGGUUCAUGAUCACUCUGCAGAUGACUACCGCACAGGUUGUCGAAACGUCAGUCACUGUCAACAACAAUAGUCCUAUUCAGGUCUACGUUCACCUGGACGAUCAAACUCAACCUACUUUUGAAAUGACUCCUGGCUUCAAACCUUUCACAGUUUUAAAAUAUUUUCGUAGUGUGAACAGGGCCUCUUCAUAAAUUUAAGUCAUAAAAGUUAAAUCUUUAGUUGCAACUUUAGCUAUAUCAGUCACAGUUACCGGUGCCGAUCUAUAAGAAAUACUAGCUGGUCUCACAAAGAUUGAAUCUGAUACUUAAUCUUGACUUUUAGGAGGUGGACAGUAAGGAGGCAGUGCAAUACAAUGAACAAACAACUGAACAAAAAUUGAACAAAGAGACAGAUGAUAAUCCGCAAUCAUGGAGAGAAGAGCUUGUAGAAGAAGUUAAACAAAUUGUUGAGCAGUCUGAAAAACAUGCUGCAAAAGCAGAUAUUGAAGAGGCUAAUCAAGAGAGGGACUUAAAUGAAAAAGAUAUUAAAGAUACAGGAAAAGGGAUGGAAGGAGAAAACAGUCAUGAAGUUCCUCCUAGUGACCCUGUACAAAAUAUUGAGGAUGUAGAUGGUGCUGAAUUUUCAUCUGCACAUGUUGUUGAUGAAAAACAGAAAGAGGACGUUUCUAAAUCCAGUGAAAUUUUGGAGUCUAGUAAGCAAAGUGAUUACAUAGAGACAGCUGAAAAUAGUGAUUCUGGUGAGAAAAAGCCAGGUAAUGACGAUUCUAGUAAUAAAGACAAUCAGAAAGUUGAAGAAGCUGAUAUGGCAGAGAAGUCCAUUGAUGAUCAACAACAACAACAGCCAACAGAAACUUUAAAUAAAAAAGAUCAGGAAGAUGGUGGUAAAAUACAGGCUGGAGAAGAAAGGAGAGGAGAGGAAGUGAAAACAGGUCAGUAUGAUAAGAAAUCAAAAGCAAAGGCAAAAGCAAAGAAAGGACGCGGUCGAAAGAAGGUUACUGAACGUGAUGCUAUGGAUGAAUGGGACAGUGAUGAUUAUGAUGAUAUUGAUUCUUAUGAUGAGGGCUUUGACGAUGAAGUAGAUGAUGAUGAAAUAGAAGAUUUUUAUGAGGACCCUGAUAGUAUUGAAUCAUGGAAAAUGAGUGAGAAGCCUUUGGAUGAAGCUGAAGAACUUAGUGAUGAAGAUGUCAGUAAAAUAAAAGAGGACUUACAAGAAGAGAUUAAGCAGCUGAAAGGUUUUAUUUCUUUUUUUUUUUGUUACUUUAUUUCUGUUCAAAUCCCCUUGGGUUCUGUUACACUGUAACUUGUUUUCUAGUUGCUUGUCAUUGCGCUUUUGAUAUGUUGUUGUUGUUGUUUUUGGAAGCAUGACAAAGAGCUACUUGGAAUUAAAGCUUUUUUUCGAGCACUGACAGUAUGCAGGAUGACUAGCAUAGCAGGCACUGAAGUAAAAGUGCAUUUUUUUAAUAUACAUGUAAGGGUCAAGUAGGCAGCAAAUAUUUCUGAUUGCUGGAUGCGGCAAAAUUGGCAACUGCCUGCUUAUUUAGUGUACCUUUUACCUGUAGGUCUUUUGUUUUGUUUUCAUCAUGACCCUCAUCCCAUCACUGCUCUUUAGAAUAAAAAUAAUGACUUACAUGUAGAUGCAUGGUUUGUACAUUUACAUACAAUGUUAUGCAGAUGGUACCACUUUUAAAGCAGAACUAGCUUGCUCACGAGUGCUUCCAUUAGUGGGGGAUAUUUUUUGUUAGUUAAGCCUCAGUAAUAAAUCAUUUGUAUUUCCAUGAGUUUUCCUCAUUAAAUUAUGCACUGUUAUUGCAUAUUAUAGUAAAAAUGUAAUUGUGAAUUUCUGUUUAUCUUUUGAAGAGGAAAACCAAGAAAUCAAGAAAGAAAACAAGGAACUGAAAGGUUAGAUUUUAUUCUAUAAUGGUUUGAUCAGUUCUCUGGUGCUACUUGUCUGCUUGGAGGGAUGUCAUUUUUAAGUAUGUGGGGAAAUGAAAAGAGUAGUGGGGAUUCAAACUUUCCAAGCUGGUCUUUUCAAUACAGCCAGCAUACUAUUUUCUAAUACAGUGUAUGAAAAAUUCUUUUGGUGCCAACCUUUUGGCAGUGUGGUAGCCGUCAAAAGGGGAGGGUGAGGAAGAGAAAAAUACAGAGGGGAAUCACUUUUCUCCCCCUCUCCCUCCCCUUUAGCCUUUUUGUGCCUGUCAUGCAGCCAAGCCAAUAGAAUAUAGAAUAAUGGAAUAAUCUUUAUUAUGCUUUUGUCAAAGUAUAUAGUUGAUAUUAUAAUUUAGUAGAUUUAUUUACAAUAGAAGAUUUAUUAAGUUUCAUGAAAAUAAUGUGCAAGCUAGGAAGCUAAAUGAACCAGUUGGUUUUCUUGUUAGCUCCCUGAACAAUUUAGGUUCUAGGUAGCAGGUAAAAAAAAUAAAAACAAAAGAAAGAAGAACUUUUUUACUAAGUAUGUUGCUUCAUCAGCAAGACAAAAAUUUAUUUCAUUUUGUUGUUCUAGCUGACAGUAGAUAAGGUAUAAUUUUCUAAGGCAGACACUCUUGUGUUUUUUAAAUGAGUUGGCCAGCCUUUAAUGACAGAGCUGUCUUGGGUAACUCACUUAAUAAACUUUGUUAAUGGGAGUUCUCCAAUGGUAUGAUAUUGUAUCAAUACAGGAACUUAAUGGCUUGUUACACAGCGGAGCCAGAUGAUUAUUAUUGUUCAAUGUGUUAAUCAUAGUUGUUUUCAAGUUUACUUGAGAUGCCCUGAUUUAUUUUUCUGGUCCUUUUUAGAGGAAGUUGGCCAGUUGCUAUAUCAAGAUGCCACAUCUUUUCUAAAUCAAACAAAACCUAACUACAAAAAGUAUGUACACAGCACUUAUUAUGUAUAAUUCUAAUCAUUGCAAAUGUCUGUUAUCUGAGAGUUCUAACAAAUAGACCAGAAAAAAAUUGUAGUCUAGGUGAUAUCAACGUAAGAUCCAACUUGGCAUUUUACUACUUGUUAGUACGGCAUGUGCGGCACUCCUCAGAUGAAAUUGCCAAAUGAAUAGUUCGCUACAACAUACACUUAUACUACACACGUGCACAGGAUUUGAAUCAGAAACUAUUGCAUGACAACUGAAGAGUAAAGCUGCUGAAAAGAAAUUUGUGUGCAUGCCUGCAGGAAGUAACAAGCUCAUUUUACUUGUUCAAACUCUCCAGAUCAAAAAUAAUUAUAUGUGUAUUUCAGAAUUUGUCUCAUGCAAGUCCCAUUUAGUUUCUCAAUAUGCUGUAAUAUUUAAGGUUUGCGGCAUCAUUAACACUUCAUAUUAAAGUAGAAAUAUCUGUAUCACAAAUUUCCUAAAUAUUCUUUGUGGAUGUUUUUCUUUUCAGAGCCUACAGUUUGCUGGAAGAAGCUGCAUUUCUGCACAAUUACACCAAAGCUCAAGAACUUGUUGCUUUAGCCUACCUGGUAUGUGCUUAUAAAAAAUUUAUUUUCCGUAGACAGUAACAUGACAAAAUCUUACAAAAUAAUAGUACAAAUGGGUUCUUUGUCUACUAUCCCAGAUCAAAUUGGAAUUUGGAGGUUAGGGCUACUUUAAGACUGGGUGCCCGCGCUGUUCUGAUGGGUAUUCUGUCCUGAAUUGCCAGAACUGUGUCUUGAUUUAACUCGAAUGAUUACUAGACAAUUAUUGUCUCAAACUUCCACAUAUUUCAGCGGCUCUGAACACCUACAGUAUUCCAGUGGCUCAUUGAAUUAUGUUUAUUAUUUUUAAGUGUAUUGUUCUAGCAAUAGAAACAUCAUUUUGUUCAAACUUUGUGAACAUUGAUGUAGCUGUUUAUACUGAAAGCCUCUGUGAAUGAAUCUUUUGGUUAAAACCUCCCGCAAAUGUUUAAAAUGACUGCAAAUAUAUAGGUAAAGAUGUCAUAGUUUAAAAAUUGGCAAAUCAAAACAAUGGAACAGUUAUGACGAGCUUUAUUUAGGCCUUCUCUUAUGGUAUCUUUAUUUUACAGUUUGGAGAUCAUCUGCCUCGCAACAUUACUAAAGCUGUAAAAAUGUUGGAAGAAAUUGCAGGAAAAGGAUCUGCGGUUGGACAACAGGUAGUUAAAUGGUAGUACAAUAACAGUAGUUAUAUUAUUGUUAGAUAGAUAAAGAGUCUAGUAUCAGAUAGAUAGAUAGAUAGAUAGAUAGAAAGAUAGAUAGAUAGAUAAAUAGCUUUAGAUAGAUAGAUAGAUUUAAUUCAAAUCAUAUGGCAGCCCACCAAGACUGAAUUGCAUGAAUUUACAAAUACAAUAAUUGAUACAAAACUUAAAAUAUGAAAAUGUACUAAAAAAAUCUCCAAAAUUAUACUUGAGAUGAAUUAAACUUUAUACAAAAAACUGCUAAUGCCUGCACAUAGAAGGCAGAAAUGUGCUAGAACGGGCUGUCAAGAAGGUUUUAAGGGGCUGGUCUCUCAGGAAAUGUAGCUGGUCAUUUAUCCCACAAAUCCUCCUUUAAUAAUAUUUAAUAACGUUAUUUGUUAAAUGUGACUUAUUUUCAAACUUGGAGUAGCCAGCUGAUUUUACUGCAGUAGUCAGCUCAAAAAGCUGGCUACCUGCUACCAGUGACUGCCGUGAGUAUAUAGUGACAGGAAAAUUAUUUUACUGAAGAUUUCUUCAUUAUCACUAAUACUUGAUACGCUAUUUGGUCCUAGACUUUAGGAUUUCUUUAUGCCACUGGUAUUGGUGUGAAUUCAAGUCAAGCAAAAGCUCUGGUGUAUUAUAUGUUUGCUGCACUUGGUGGAAAUGUCAAAGGACAGAUGGCUUUGGUAAUAAUAAAUCAUUUUAGUAUUAUAAAUGGCAUCUCACAACAUUCGCAGGACCUGUCCAUUUAUAUGAGGUUAGCCAUCCUGGUUAGCCCAGCUGGCAUACCUUCCCAGGCUGGCCUGGUUCAACAACAACAACAACAAGAAGUUCCUUUAUUAUUAUUACAUCUGUGUAGAGAAUUUUACAUGUUUUGAUAGCUAAUCAAAAGAAAAGAAAAGGAGAAAUUGUUACAUAAAAUUAUGCAUUAUUAUAACAAAGAUGUCCAAGAGCUAAAUGAACAUAUGUUUUCAAGCUAGUGCCUAGCUAUAAAAUGAUAUUUUUUACACAGUGGUGACAGGUAAAAUAGUAGCAAAAAACUCAACAAAACAAAACAAAAUAAGUAAGUAAAUAACUCACACAUUAUACACUAUGUGGAGAUGGAAAAGAACAAUGGUCAACUUUCAAAUUGUCUAGUCAGUAGGUGUUGUUUUAGUAAGGGUGGGAAGACAUAAUUUGGGAGGUCUUUCCAGAGGUCAACGUUAUGGAUUGGAUUGAUUGUUUUCCAAUAUUUGUUCUUGACGUCAUUUAUAAAAGUUCUUUUUUGGGGCAUAUCAUGUAUUUUAAUUACCUACUUGAUCAGCAUCUUGGGAAUAAUUCUGAAAAAUGCUUGGCAACUCCUUCUUGUGCCAGCGGAAGGCAAAUUAAAAUAACGGGCCUGUAGCUGGUAGCUGUAGCUUGUUCAUGCUUUGUUUCCUAAUAUUAUUUUUCACUUUGUUUUUUGUACAUGAAAUGGUGGGAUGGUCCACUUAAUAAGCUGUUUUAGCAACAGAACGGGAAUGUCAGUUGACGACUACGUGCGCAAAUCAAACAACUGGCUUGACCAAUGGCAGAGCGGUCAAUUGGGUACUGGAAAUCGAGUUUAGCCCUUUCCGCGCACUUUCCCGUCAUCAAAUGAUAUUCCGGUUCUGUUGCUAAAUCAGCCUAAUGAGAUGUCAACUGCUUGAAUCAAGGUCUCAUGUAUACAUUUUAAAAAUGAAAUGAAAAUUUUAUGGGGAAACAAGGUAUGAGCUGAGCCAGCCCAGUGAAGCCGUGGUGAGUUGGGUUAGCUCAUCCAUAUAAACAGACCCUUAGCUAUAUUCACAUAGUAUCAAUUUUUGUCACAAGUAGCAGCUAACAGACAAAUCAUCCCUUGUUUUACGUGAUGUGCUACACAGGGUUAUCGCUACUGGGCUGGCAUAGGAGUUGCUUCAUUUUGUGAAUCUGCACUCACCUAUUACCGCAAAGUUGCAAACCAAGGUAGGUUUCACAACUUGAUAACAGUUAUCAUCUGUCCAGUUAGUACUAUGCUGCCCUGCUGUUUACUGUGCUUUAUUGAUAAUUUAUUUCUUUUGUCUCAAAUAUCUGAUCAGUUCUUGAAUAUGAACUGAAGAUUGUAAAAUAACAGUACUUCAACUUGAAAAGAGUGACAAAUUUGAAUUUUUACAUCUUACUAACCAAUUUUAUACUAUGUAACAGACCAAGUUUUUUCUUCUUGCUGGGGCAUAAAUCAAUAGGAAAAAAGGAGGAUCUGUAACUUACUGUACAGAUCGAGAAAUUGAGGUUCAUAAGAUAUUUUUUUAUAUCUCUGAAGAGAAACUUUCUAAUUUAGCAAGCUGUAUGGGCAGUAAAAUAUAUACGGCUUGCAAAAUUGACCAGUCACAGCAUGCAUAUGUGCACAAACUAUAUUAUGAAAAUGUCAUCUUACUGACAUUUUUUGUCAGUCAAUUGGCUUAAAAUGUACUUUCCUUUCCAAAAUCAGGCUCGUAAUCAUAUGGAAAACAUUAAUUUUGAAAGAACAUUAUGCCACUAUGUCAUCUUACAAAUUUUGCAAGACUUUGGACUCUAUUCAUAAUUGCAUUUGCCAUUUUUUCCUGCUGAUUUUUUGUAGUUGCUGAGGAUGUAUCCUUGACUGGUGGAGCUGCUAUCCAACGAAUACGACUAAUAGAUGAAGAAGAGCAGGUAUGAAAACAUUAACGUGAUCUGAUAUUAGUACAUUUUCUGUUGUUAACUCCUCAGGGCCGGACCAGGGGUUAAAGUGAAACUUGAAGUCAGAUACGAAAGCUUAAACAGAAAAUUGAGUUUAAUUCUUUUCAUCAACAAGUUGAUUCUUUUGAACAACAGAAAAAGAAACCCAGGUUAAAUUUAACCCUAGGUUAAGCACUAACCGGCCUUCGAACAGCUGGGCCCAGGGCUUUAGAAAAGUCAUACGCUGUUCUCUUAUGUACCCAGCCAUCAGUAGAGAGGAAUCCUCUACCUAGUCCUGCAAGUGCAUCUGUAUGUUAGCUCACCUUGUUAGUUUACUGGCUUUCCAUACAUGAAGAUGUUACCAGUCAAAUUUGAUUUCAGUUUAAAAUUUUUAACCUAGGUUGAUUCUCACUUUCUUUUGUCUAUACUAGCCCUGUUUAUUCAUGAAGUAGGGCUAGGAGACAAAGAAAAUUGAGAAACAAUUGCAACCUAGGUUAAAAAAAUUUUAUCCUGAUUUUAAUUUUGACCUGUAACAUCUAUGGAUCAGGUUAUUUCAGGUCAAUAUACAAAUUAUCCAUUUCUGAAUCCAUUUAGCUUUCAGUUUGAUUGAUAAACGUGGUAAUUAAGCAGCAGAUUCUGGAAGGAUAGGAAAUUGCCCUUCCAGGAGCCCUUUUCUCCUGCUAGAAGUAUUUUGUAUAAACGUUGACUCACUAUUGUGUAUCUGUAGGGUGGUAGCAGUGCUGUUCUUGAUGAGGAUCUUAUCCAGUAUUACCAGUUUCUUGCUGAUAAGGGGGAUGUUCAGGCACAGGUAAAUACUUUUUUGUAAACAUAUGCAGGGAUAACAUUCAACUCCAACCUUCCUUUGAAAAUAGAAUAUAUUAAAGCUCUAAAUUCCUUUAAUACACUGUUUGCAGAAUGUGGCCGGGCACAAAAAUGUGUGGUUUAAUGCAUGCCACAUUUGUAGGGUUGGUACAAUCUUGAAAUUUGUCCAGCAAUUUUCCAGAGCUGGAAGAAGUCUGGAAAAUGGAGAUAAAGUCAGGAAAAAUGGUAAAAAUCUUGAAAUUUUUUUAAAAGCUACAGCAAGUGCUCUAUAAGUGAAUUUUUUUAGUUUUGGUCGAAUCAUACUCAAUCUCGCCUGUACAUUUUUUGCAGCACAUCAUGAAAAAAGCUUUGUUCCUGCGUUUUUAAGGUCUCUAUUGAUCACCAAUUUGAUAACCUUGAGUCUGGAAAAAGUGAAAUACAGAAACUGUUGUGGCAAAAAAAGUCUGGAAAAAAUCUUUAAUGAUGUACGCUAAAAUCUGUGCGGACCCUGCAUUUGACUUGAAAGCCAUUUUUUUUAAGUUCUUUAAAUUUUUCUACAUAAUAAAGGAAAAAUUAGUGAUGUUAAUUUGUCACAUCUUCGUAAGUUUUCAAGUCUUUCUAAACAAAUGUAACUGUUACUGUUAUUAUUUGCUUUCUCCUUUUCCCCACAUUAGGUUGGUCUUGGUCAGUUACAUUAUCAGGGUGGACGCGGAGUUGACAUGGACCAUGCUGUAAGUAUAGUUAAAUAUGAUAUUAUUUUGUCUGUCAUUAUAUUGAGGAUUGGGAUGGUUAUAACAAGGUUAUUUUUAAGCCAUGAAGAAGUUUGUUGCCUAAGGAAAGUAGCCAAUCAUAACAUAGAGAAGCUUUUCUUUGAAACUUUUUCUUUAUAAUUUGUAAACGUUUUAAGUCAUCCUUCAGUAACAUCAGGGAUCUUAAUAACAACUGAAUGGUCCAAAUAAGUUUUUUUUUUAACAUUUUGAGCUUUUGCUGACCCACGGCAUUAUCAAGUUGUGAAUAAUAAUUUGGGGUUGUCAAUGUUAUGUUCAUGAAAAGGGUGACUAACCAUUUUAUUUUUUAAUUAUGUGAUAAAGAAAUUUUUAAGGCAACCAUGCAUUUAUUUAUGGUAUUUAUUUACAGCGAGCUUUUAGGUACCUCCAGAUGGCCGCUGAUGCAGGAAAUUCAAAUGCCAUGGCAUACCUAGGCAAGGUACACUAUUUUUUAAGUAAGGUGGUAAAAUCUUGUAAUAUGUACUCAUAGUUGCUGAAUUGUGCCUAUAUUUAACAUGACAGGAUUAAUGGCUGGAACUUGUUUUUGUUGACAGAUGUAUUCUGAGGGAAGCACCGCAGUUAAACAGGACAAUAAGACAGCAUUCAACUGGUUUAAAAAAGCAGCAGAUAAUGUAAGAAUCACUCAAUUGAUUUUACUUGUCAGUAUGAUUGGGGCUGUCCUAUAACUACAGCUGUAGUGUUCUGUGAGGCAGGCUACUGUUUUAAUGGUGUUAGAGUAGCCUUGAAAUUUUUUCAUAGUUCUGAGCAGUGUGCAUAAAAAAAUCGUGUCCGUUAGCCCGGGGCUGGUGGAUUUUGCCAUGGGCUAGUGACUUCUGUUGUUAAAAUGACUCUUGGGCCAGUACAUGUUAGCUACAGCUUGUCCAAAUGGCAAGCUGUAAGACUGAAUUUCGUUGCACCCUGCUGAGCAUUUGGCUUCUUUUACUAAUUGGUAAUUGUUUCAUUGAAAUGCUAUAUUGUUAUUCUAAUUACAGGGCAAUGCCAUUGGCCAAAGUGGGCUUGGCUUGAUGUAUAUGUUUGGCAAAGGAGUUGAGAAGGUAACCAAACCUUUUCCUGAUGACUGCUCUGUUUAUCUGGUGUUAUAAACUAAUUAUCAGUUAAACUGGAAUGUUUUCUUUUUCUGAUGAUGUGUAGAAUUAUGAGAAAGCUUUUCAGUACUUCAAGAUGGCUGCUGAACAGGGCUGGGUUGAUGGACAUCUUCAGAUGGGUACCAUGUAUUACCGUAAGUUUACUAACAUUGUGUUUAAUUAACUGUUACCAGCACAGUGAGGAUCAAAAUACACUUAGACUACCAACUGCCCCUCUUUUUUUUGCGUAGUCUAUGGAAAUUCAUAAGAAAGAAAAAAUUCCCACUUACAUGACUGGAGGGAUUAGACAGAGACUUACACUUGCUUGAGUGCUACAUGUUCUCCCCCAGGAACUUAAGAAAAAAAUAAGAGACCACUCACAUUUUGAAAUGCAAUUAUUACUGAAGCCUACCAAUACAGACAUAUCCCCUCGCUCCUUGCUGCUUGGGCAAUUAGCCUGUGAAUAUGGCCAUCUCUUUUCAAUCCUCAUCGUGUCCCUAGUUGCGAAGAAAGAGGAGAGGCAGACUAUAUUCACUGACCUGCAGCAGUUGUUUCAUAAUGAUCCCAGGUAGCUGACAUCCAGACCCUAAAAAUUUGGGUUGGGUGGUGGGAUUGAAAAACCCCGUGGGACCCUCAAUAAAGACCCAAAGCAAAUGGUUGAACGUACUUACAGUCACUUUUCAGUGUCAAAGAGACUAUAGUGAGACAAAAAAUAAACAAAAACACCAUCCUAUUUGUUAUUGUAAUAACAAAUAAUUGUUCCAGACAUCAGUGGUUUGUGUAGAUGCUAGCAUAAUUGGUUGGCCUUUUUUUAUUGUUUAUUAUAGAUGGUCUUGGUGUUAGACGUGAUUACAAGAUGGCUAUCAAGUUCUUUAACUUGGCAUCACAGACUGGUAAGGAUAUCACUUCUGCUCGCUCACAGUUUUGUUUGAGCGUCUAGGCCAUGAAAUUGUCAAUAAUGAAUUUAUUUCAGCAAUCACAGACUUGUCACAGAAGUGACAAAGGCAUCGAAAUAUACUAGCAGCUCUAAACUGUUGACGAGCACCAAGGAAAUGCAGAUGGGUAAAACCGGUGAAAGUUUGAAUGGGUUGAGUCAUAAAUUGCCGAACGGUACCCCAUUUUUUUUUUUCGAGUUUUUUUCAGUUACACUUUUUUGUCUCAAAUUCACAGUUUUAUUGCGCAUGAAUGACCCUUAUUGAGGGGUGUGGGAGUAAUGUGGCUGAUAAAAGGGUUGUACUGUGCUAUCACUUAGUAAGUUAAGAAUUUGUGAUGAACUGAAAAAAGCAAAAUCAGCAAAGCAAUAAACGUUCUCAAAUAGACACAGUUUACCAGUUCCUAUUUUAACUGUCAAGUGUUACCCUCCAAGAUCCACAUGCAAAUUCUCAAGACUGAUCUCCAUACAUUUUUUUUAAGAAUAGUUGAGAGAAUUUGGUUUAAGAUCAAAGCAUUCUUCCUUUGGUAAUUAAUUAAGUAAUUCUCAUAACCUUUACUCUUGAUGAUCUGCUGAUGUUGUUAGGAGAAAAUUGAUGUUGGUCACUCUUCGGAAGUAAAGGGUUAAAUUAAGUCUCCACAGACACCCAGUGUGCAGUCUUGAGUGUCUGUAUUACUUCCCUAUUAAGACGUAAAAGUUUUGUGAAGGCACUGAGGUCUGCAAGGAGAAGUUUGACUGUUACAUUAACCUUUAUAAUUAUUUGUUUAUUAUAGGCCAUGUUUUGGCUUUUUACAAUCUGGCUGUCAUGCAUGCAUCAGGGACUGGUGUGUUGAGAUCCUGUAACACUGCAACAGAGGUAGGAAAAGUGUUAGUCUCUGUUGAACAUGAACAUGUGGCGUUUGCAAAAUAUAAUGUACAACUGCUGAGGAUCAUGUACACCGACAAUGUUAGAGUAAAGAGAUUAGUAGCCUGUGUGACAGGCACUUCAUGAGCCAAGCAAGGCCAAUGCAGCUUUUUUGUGAAGUUAGGGGAGGGGAAUAAAACUGCCCCAUUCACCUGACUUGGUUUAAAGCACCUGUCAUGCAAGCUACAGUGUAAGAGAUGAGGAGAAAGACCGGACAGUCCAUACUGACCUCUAUGUUGUAGGUAAAAUCUAUUCUUAUAGAUUAAUCCAGUCUCCCUUCAACUUAGGUUGAUUCAGAAUUUCCCUUUUUUGCUAGCCCUAUAUAAUAAUAUUAUUGAUAGGAGACAAUUGAAAUUCUUUUUUUAGCUGAGAAUGGAUUUUACAUGCAACAUUUACACUAUAGCGUCUUGUUGCUUCUUUAUCUGAUGUCUUGCUGGUACUUCUCUUUGCCCUCUACUGUUGCUUACAUAGUUCUUGGGUAACUGGACCACUGCUAUCUUUCUUAGAAACACAAACCCUGACACUUUUUCACAUGCUUUGGUUAUAUUUUUGACAAUUUAACCCAUAGUAGGCACUGUUUUCCACCACAACUCAAGGUAGUUUAAAUAUGAAGAUGGAAAAAACAAGGAGCGCCAUGUGAAAAUACUGCUGCAGAGAAUUAAUUUGAAUGGUAACACCAUAGGAUUUCGUCCAUAGACUCAAACGUUAAGAGCACAUACUAAAUUAAUAGUAUCAUGUGAAAGUGCUGCUGAAGAGGUUUCAUCUGAAUGGUGACAACAUAGGAUUUCGUCCACAGACUCAAGAGUUAGAACUACAAUCUUUCAAGACUCCAUUUUUCACCUUGGUGGGGAAAGGGUUUAGCAGUAGUGAAAGUGAUAUCUCUUUGCGUUUGUGAGUAAAAAUAAUUUGCUUACGUUAUUUGAGUGGUUGUUCUUGUUUUUACUCUCAAGCUUUUCAAGAACGUUGCUGAGCGUGGUAGGGUGGCCCAGAUGUUGAUGGAGGCACACGAAGCAUAUCGCGCUGGUAAUAUUGAUACUGCUCUUUUGAAGUACGCCAUGUUAGCUGAACUGGGCUAUGAAGUUGCACAAAGUAAUGUGGCUUAUAUUUUGGACCAUGGUAAGUUUGUCCCGCGUAUUGCAUUCGUUUACAGCUUAAGCAACAGCUUUUGAUUGGUAAAGCCUAGUUUGUCACCAGCCAUGCUAUCAUUAGAGCAGGUUGAACGUUCAAAUGGCCUAUACGGCAAGGACUGUUCCAUUUCUUGGGCUUUCAUUUCAGCCUGUGUAGCAGGCGUCGAAAGGAAAGGGGAAGGGAGGGAGAAAGGGAGAGGGGAUUGGAGAGAAUAGGAAAGGGAACUCCCUCUUUAUUUCCCUUUCGCGUUUUUCUUUUGCUUUUGCUACGCAGGCUACUUGUUCCUGAGCAUGCGCUUGCGUUCAUUUUCACUUGACCCAAGACUGCUAUACUUGCGUGAGAGCCUGUAUUAUCCUCGCAUAGUGAUAUUAAGCUUUAGUUAACGUUGGUCUAUGUGCAGUCCAUCCAAUUAUGGCCAGUGAAAGUUAGUUUUCUGUCACCAAUGUUUUGCCCCAAGAAACCAGGUAUUGGAUUGCAUUUCAUCAACUUGCACUGAGUUCGGACAGCUUUUUAUGUCAGCUUUUGUUAUUACGGUACGAAAAAACUUGGAUGACAAAUAAGUAUUUAAAGCACAAUAAGGCAGCAGAAAUAUGGACAACAGUCAGUUGAUUUUGUGUUCAUAGUUGUUGUUGAAAUUUAUCUUGUGAGUAUUGACUGCUUCAGGUUUAACAUCAGUGAUUCUGGGAAACGAGACAUUUCCUCGCGCUCUCCUGUACUGGACAAGAGCAGCUACUCAAGGUUUGUAUCUAUGGUUGUAGCGGUAUCUUUCCUACACCUGUACUGGGUAUUUACAGGGGUCAAUUUAAUAAAACUUGUACAAGUGUAGCUAUUCUUUUCAGACUCUAAAAUAAUGGGUACACUUGUAAAUUACACUUGUAAAAGUUUUAUUAAAUUCACUCCAGGUUCGGAUGCCACCAUACUAACACUUAUAAAUGUCCCCGCUCUUAAGCACCUAAUCAAGCUCUUAUAAACAGGUUUUUGGCUUAACUUGAAUGCUCCCUUCAACUCAGAAGUAAUAAAUCUGUUGCAGUUCCUUGGUAAAUUCUCAUACUAGCGCAGAAUAAAACGAAAACAAACUUUGUUUUUGCCGACAAACUGAACGAUCAUUUAAUGAUUGUAGAAAGAAAUGAUUGACUCGUUGUUUUUAUUCAUUGUGGACAGAUGUCUUUUAGUCCAGUGCCUGGCUUCCUUUUUCAAGUGACCUUAAACAAGUACAGUAGUUGCAUAGAUUGAGGUGCUCUUUUGUAUCAAUUUCAAGUUCUGUUUGUUUUUCCCAUAGGUAACACAGCAGCUCGCGUGAAAGUGGGUGAUUAUCAUUAUUAUGGAUACGGAACCGAGAUUGAUUACGAGACAGCUGCAUAUCACUACAGACUGGCAUCUGAACAACAGCACAACGCACAGGCCAUGUUUAACCUCGGCUACAUGCAUGAGAGAGGACUGGGCAUGAGACAGGUAAUGAAAAUAUUUUGGUGUCUCUUUAACGCUUUGUGAUUGAAUGAAAGACACUUGUAUCCGUCGUAUAUUAGUCAAUAGGGAGCUUAAGCAACAGCGUUUUUGAGCGACGGACGUCAACCGGAAGUGGACUUUUUGCAUCAUUGGGCAGUGGUUUGGUUGAAACUCUCGGGUAAAUCGUCUUUAAAAGAGAAAAGAAACUCAGCAAUACAAGUUUGUUAGCGUCAAGGCAUAUAAAAAGGGAGAAGGCCUCACUUCCGGUUGACGUGCGUCGCUCAAAAACGUCUUUGCUUAAGGUCCCUAAUAGGGAGCUUAAGCAACGGUAACGAGAACGGCAAAAAAGCAAUAGGUUUGGAUUGGCAAAACAACAACUCUGCAUGUGAUCACGCUUUUUUGUACAUUUCCUUGCUGUCGUUGCACGACUAUGACAUGAAACGCCUAAUUUCACGUUUUAUGGAGGACGGGAACACAUGUACAACAACGAGUUUCUGUUUUUUGUGAACUUAGAUACAGUCCUUUAGAACUGAUUCAACCCCUGUAAAAUUCACCAACAUUUCAGUGACAAAUUAAAAGAUUUGCAUUACUGCGCUUUUCACAAACAUGCGAACUCUAAAGUUCAAACGCCGCCUUCACAAUUGCGUUUUUCGCUGCCGUCAAUCAUAAUUACGAUCACAAGCAACGAACCUUGAAACAUAGAAACACACAAAACGGAUCGAAAUCCACAAAUCACAAACCAUGACCUUUUGAACCCGUGAAAGUAAAGUAUUGUUUCCUAAGAGGUCCGUUAAGAUGAUUGACGGCAGCGAAAACGCAAUCGUCAGUUGGCUUUUGAACUUCAGAAUUCGCAUGUUUGUGAAAAGCACAGUAAAAGAAAUGAAAUUUGAAGCAGCGCUAACUCACUUUUUGGUGACGUUUUCGCUGCCGUUGCCCUCCUCGUUGCUUAAACUCCCUACUUAUUGCUACGACUAAUCAACGUGUCAAUCAUGGCUUGCUCGCACGAUUUCGUGCCUGACUUGGCAGCAUCAGGUGAGAUGUCUCAGUGCGUUUUUGAAGUUGCAUAAAGUAUUUACAAAUCUCCAGAAGAUAGGCGUUCUCCCAGCCGCUCCAGAGAAAGAGGGUGAACCACUGAGCGUUUCCAGUUGGGACUAUGGAAAAAUGAUACCAAGUAACUCUAAAGACACGAGAAAGAUUGAAUUGGACUAAAUUUAUAUAAUUGUCUUUAACCAUAGGAAUUUCAGCGUAAUGUAAAGACAUUCUCAGUUUUACAGGUUGCCUUAGAGUUUGUGUCAGCUUGAAUUUAAAGAAUUUCUCUGCUCCUAGGGGACAUUUCAAGACCUCUCGUAUCCCUUCGGGUGUGGCAUUUACGCAUUUUGAUAUUUCACAAAAUGCUAAUACCUGGCCGGUAGCGCGACUGGUGGGGUAAGGGUCGUUAACCCAGGAGGAAGGUCGGCACUCUUCUUGCUGAUGUAUUGGCACUGAUAUAGUACCUGUCGUCAGCCUUAAUCUGGAAAGUGAUUCUUCUUUUUGUAGUCGCUCUUCCUUAAUAUUGACUUUCUUUACUUCUUUUCAGGAUAUUCACCUCGCAAAGAGGUUCUACGACAUGGCCGCGCAGACCAGCACUGAUGCCCAGGCUCCAGUCUCGCUCGCCCUGAUGAAACUUGGGGUCUUCUUCAUGUGGGAAUGGGUUCAAGAGGUAAAAGUCAGAAUCUGCUUAUAUAGCCAUAUCAACGUACUUGUGAAUUGGUUUCAUUUGGAUCGUCAUACGUAGGAUUUUGUGUAGAAAUUCGGUAAUUGACUAGGCCCGAGACAACAAACGUAACAGUAAUCACAUACCAGCAUUUGACAAUAGUUCAAACUAAGCGAGUCCUUGGAACACCGAAACGGACAGAACCAAAUGUUCGCAAGUGUUCGUACUACGUAGUUGUUCGUAAAGAGAAUGAUGUUCGACCGCAGUUUGAAGAGGGCGUGUAAAAAUUGUUAGUGGAUGAAGAAAAGCGAAUCGCCCCAGUCUCCUCUCCUCGUUUUCCCCGCCGUACGAUUUUAUUUGCUACCCACCAUCUGAACGCCUGGAGCAAGCAAAAGAUGUGAAAGUGUUUAGUGCCUUUCGUAUCAUUUUGCCUUGAUUGAAGUUAAGACGAGUUUGUUUAGCGUAAGCGUUUUGGUUAUUUCGCAUUUAAAUACUCUUAUUUGCUAUCACACAGUGAUCGUUCAGUUUCCUCGUUAGAUCUCUUUAGGGACGUUAUAUAGUUUCCACAUGAUUUGACUGUAGACAACUUGGAUAGCCUUUCUUUCAUUCUUCAAGAGUGAUUUAAAUUAUUUUUACCUUGUUUUUUUGCAGAAUUAUGGAUCAAUUAACUUUUCGAAGAUCAGGAAUUAUGUUGGUGAAGACUGGGAUAUUUAUGUAAUGACUGGACUCGCUUUACUGUUAGGAAUUCUUCUGCUGAUACGACGAAGGCAGCAAUAGACGCCAUUUUUGUAGAUUUUGUACAGAAAUUCUUACCCUUAGCAAGUGUUGGAAUGUAAAAUGGUUCAUUUUAAACAGUAAUGAAAACAAGAAAAUAACUGAUACAACAUUUGAAUAAAUGUAACAUUUCUU